AUAUAAAAGUAAGGAAAUACUAACAAUUACUGGGCGGUUCAUACGUACAGUAUUGAUGUGCCAUCAGAUUUAUGGUGUCGAAAAGAGGCAGAUAUAUAAUCUUGUAAAAUAUAAAGGAUGGAGACAAUUAACGUAAAUUUGAUAUUUGCACUUUCUUUUGUGAUCAUAAAAUCAUCGACGACAUUAAGUAACGACAACGAAAUAUUAACGGCUUCUACAGAAACCACUGACAAAAAUGAAACCGGAAUCGGUGAAGAGAAAGGAUUGUCACUUCCGCCAUGGUGCUUUGAUCCCCCUGGAACAGAUUGCACGUGGUACAGGGACUGUCUCUCAAAGGUGGACGGAUGUAACGGAAGUAACGACUCGUACGCUAUUGGGUUCGGUGAGCGGAUCUGCACUGACUUCACGAACAGUAGGGCUGAGUUCUCCCCCCUUGGACAACGAUGGGUGGACGCCACACGUGCAUGUCUUCAGAAACGUCUAGUUCCUGCUCUAAAACCGCUUAAACCGAUGACGUGUAAAGAAGUGCAGACGUUCGCCUUUCAUACGCAUGGGCAGUGCUACACGCGCGCGGCGGCUGGCGUCCCCACGUUCUGCGACCUGGGAUGGGCAGACUGGUUGCGGAUAUCAUGGAUCGUGAAGCAGGCCCUCUGGAGAGAGGCGGGAGAGACGGUCAACCAGGCCGUUCAUAUUCUGGGACAAUGCUCCACUGGGCUGUUUGGAUAGAAAAAUAAAACGGACACAGGUUGAAUGUCCAGUUAUGUUAUUCCCUGUAUCCCUAAAUACAGUCCUUCUACCUA